CUCUCUCGGACGCGCACGUACGCGGUGCCGCGAGGGUGGUGUCGCGGCAUGUAAACACCCGCGUCGCUCGAGGAAGACCCGCGUCAGUGGCGAGGAGAGAGCACGGGGGAGAGGGAGGAGUCCGAGGGCCGGGAUUCUUCGCGCGGCUCGGCGAGGAUGAGUUGACACGUCGCCCCACGACGUCGCGCCAGCGUUAAAUGCCGCCCGCGCCAGCCGCAGGAUGGACGUCGCGGAGGACGCCGAGGCCGCGCUGGACCCGCGCAUCCAGAUCGAGUUGGAGAACCUGAACAAUGCAGCAGAUAAUAUUAACAAGCUGGAGACCGAGCUGGAUGAAGCCCACACUGCUUUCGGGCAGCUCCUCUCGGAUACGACGAGGAGGCUGAAAGAAAUUACCGAUAAACUGGGCACCAGCUGCAUUGAGAAGGCAAGAUGUUAUUACGAAGCGCUGGAGAUGGCUCAUCAAGCUCAGGUGCAGUGUCAACAGCAGGCGCAGCUGUUUCAAAGAGCCAGCGAAAUUCACAAUGCAGCGAAGGAAACGGUCGCUGUGGCCGAGGCGCGAUUCAUGUCUCAUCAGCAUGAGUGGAAUUUUGACCAGGCAUGGCAGGACAUGCUCAAUCAUGCUACUAUUAAAGUCAUGGACGCGGACAAUCAAAAGGCGGAGUGCGGCCGAGAACAUCACAGACGGGCGAUGCUGUUCCACGACGCCGAGAAAAGGCUGUUGCAACUGGAGGAGAAGCAUCGAAAUGCAAUAAUGAAAGCGAGACCGUACUUCGAGGUGAAGACCCAGUGCGAUCAGAUGCUGGCGACGCAGAAGGAGAGAGUGGAGUACCUGCAGCAAGCUGUUAAGGAAGCCAAACGUAAUUAUGCAACGAGCCUGCGGACGUUGGAAGAAAUUAGCAAUCAGAUACACCAGCGACGAAGAGAUUACGAUAUCGUGGCUAAUGGACCGCGAGAACCUGGCGUCGGCGCCGAACUCAUUGGUUCAGACACGCGUCAGAAGUAUAAGAGCGAGUUCAACGAUCCUGAUAGCCAUAAAAUAUCUCCCAUUAGAUAUAACGAAAACGGGAACAACGAAAAGCUACACGGUAUCGAGAAGCUUUGCUCGACGAAGAACGACGCGGAACAUCUUGACAAGAGGUCCGUCGAUGGCAGCGAGAGCAAGUUCACGCAAUGGGAGCUCGAGUUGCAAGCCAGUAUGGAAAAAUUAAAUCGCCUGUCGAUCGAGAAUUCGUUGCACGUCGAGGAGCGCGACGCGCCAAGUUCUUCCGACCCGCGGGACACGAUUGAAACCGGCACCGUGAACGGGACGCGCUACGAUCCUUUGUCCGCCGAAUUGUCAAAGACGCGUAGCUCCAAUCAAUUUUCAAGCUCGACUGAAAAUCCUGGGACUUUCGAAAGGGGCGGAUUUAGCGACGGAUCGCGCUUGCUAAAAUCGUGCACGACAAUUGAUUCGACGACGGCGUUACGCGGCGCGUCGACGCUCGCUCUGAAGAGCAAUACUUCAAAAUCGCUGAACAGUAGUCCAGUGAAUAGAGCCGCGUCUAAUUUCGAGAAUGGGAUCGCCGAGAGAGCGAGGAGCGCAGAUAUAUCGAAAUACGUGCCAAACAGAAUCUCCCGAUUCAAUAUUAAGGAUAGAAGAACGCAGAGCAGCUGGGAUAUUAAUGCCCCUAACAAUGUUGACGUUGUAAGAGAGGGACCGGAAAGAGAUCGAUCAUGUAGUGAUACAAACGAUACUUUAGCCAAUAAGAGCCAUGUACAACUUAUGAAUUUACAUAGCGCGCAAGUUUCUAAUAUCGAGUUCCUGCCUGCGAAAUCUAGUUCAUCGGGACACCAUGUCGUAGCGGCUCCCGGCGUCAGCCAACGCUCGAAGAGCUUGCGGGGCGAUGCCGCGUUAUCGCAAUCACGAGCUAGCUCAAAUAUUCUGCAAAAGAGUGCGUCAUGCAGUGCCAAUUCCAGUCCGGUGAAACGAAAAAAUCUAUUGUCGUCCGCCAGAUUCUUGAAUGCUGGGAGCACGGACCAGCUGGAGAAGGGUUCUAUUUCGAAAAAGUUUGCGAGUAAAACCGCCAGUAUUAAAGAGCUACCGUUACUAUCGUUCUUCGGACAAACGUCCGUGUUAUCGGGGCUCAGAGGCAAGAGUAGCAGCAUGAUUAACUUGGAUAAUUCUCAUCUGGGUAAUAUACAGGCGAUCAGCGCGGAGAGAUUGGCGAACGUGAGGCACAAGUUGGUCAACGAUUGUCCGGACACGAAGACGGUCGACGUUAAGAAAUAAGUACAAGAUUUAUGAUAAAAUAGAUCACUUGCGACAAGUGAUUUCUUUCGCGUUUAACACGUAGAGAAUCGUUAAUGUCGUUUGCAAGAAGCUCGGGGGAAAUGUACAGGGAUGAAACGUAGCGAUGUUCUGCAUAAUUCUAACAACAUUCUGAAACAACCUCGCGCUCUUCGAAGAGUUACGGAAGACAUUUCUGUAGCUUCGCUACAGAUUGUGCAGCUGCUAGUUAUCGAAUGUAUGCUGCAACGUUAAUUAACGAUGUGUAUUAUAUAAAUCGUAACGGACUUUAGUUAGGUAGAAUACUUUACUUGUAUUAAAACUAAACGUAAUUACGGCAUUGCGAUCAAAGAAUGUGAUCAUUGAGGUAUCAAGCACGGUUUAAUUAAAUAUAAAUCUACGCGCUCAGUCUCGAUCAAGUAUAUACCUGCUGUUGAAAAAAACCGACCAGGCGAAGUACGCAUAGUAUCUAUCGUUUACUAUUUUCUAAUCUUUUAAUAUGUGCUUUUUUAAUAAAACACGUGUUUCUUAACAAGCCA